GAUUCAUUUAGUCUGUUUGUAAACACAAGUAGCUUACAGCGCUCACUAUCUAUGAACCAUAAAACCAAUUCCUUCGUUUUGCACCGGGGCAUUGUGGGUAUUGAAGUUUGGUGGUGUCACGUUUUAGAUCCAGCAUGGCAGGGAAACAGAAAAGAAAAUUAGAAGACCUCAGUGUGGAUGAGUUCCUGCUGUCAGGUUUUGACUCUGCAGGUGAAGGUGACUCUGAAGAAGAAACUCCCAAACAGAAUGGACUCAAGAAAAAGAACAAGAAGAAGGAUGUGAGCUCAGCUGCAGCUCCUAAGAUAGAUGAUAAAAAGAAAGGAAAGGCCUCUGAGCACAAGGAGCAGCUGUCCAGGUUAAAGAAUAAAGACCCAGACUUCUACAAGUUUCUUCAAGAGAACGACCAAACGCUCCUAAACUUCGAUGACACAGACAGCUCUGAUAAUGAGGAUGAGGGGAUGUACCACAAAUUGCCAUCCACGCUGGAGGAGGCCAGCUCUGGUGAGGACGAUGAAGAAGGCGAGGAGGGUCAGAAAGGUUCGAAGAAAUCUAAGAAAUCAGCGGACACCAUUAAAGUCACUGACAAGAUGAUUGAGGACUGGAAAGCUGCAAUGAAGAAGGAGCCCUCUCCUCGUCUCUUUAGAGAAGUCACCCAGGCCUUUAAGGCCGCUGUAGCUACAACUAAGGGUGAAGGAGGGGGUCAGUGCCGAUACAAAGUGGCUGACAGUUCAGUGUUCAAUGCCUUGGUCCUGUUCUGUAUCAGAGAUAUUUAUGUGGCCCUGCAGAGGAUGCUCAGCCUAAAGCCAGAUAAAGACCAGAAAAAGUUAGUGCUCCCAUCGUCUAGUCCAAAGUGGCAGAAGAAUCAGAUUGACAUCAAGAUGUAUCUCAGUGGAGUGGUUCAGCUGUUAUCCUGUCUAACAGAGGCUACAGUCAUCAGUGCUGUCCUGCGGCACACCAACCAGCUCGUACCUUAUUACCUUUGUCUACCUAAACAGUGUCGGCACCUAGUUAAGCAACUGAUGAAGCAGUGGAGCACUGGGGAAGAAACAAAUCGGGUCCUCGCCUUUCUGGCCCUCAACAAAAUCUGCAGACACAAGCAGGAAACAUAUCUUAACCCUAUUCUCAAGCAAAUGUACAUAUCCUACGUACAAAACUGCAAGUUCACAUCUCCCAAUGCUCUGCCCAUGAUCAACUUCAUGCAGCGGACUCUAACAGAGAUGUACUCCCUGGACACACAGGCCACUUACCAGCAUGCCUUCAUCUACAUCCGACAGCUGGCCAUCCACCUCAGAAACGCCAUGACCAUGAAGAAAAAGGAAACAUAUCAGUCAGUGUAUAACUGGCAGUAUAUCCACUGUCUGUACCUCUGGUGUCGCGUCCUCAGCACCUUGCACCCCAGUGAUGUUCUCCAGCCUCUCAUCUAUCCACUCUGCCAGGUCAUAAUUGGCACCAUCAAACUGGUGCCCACAUCAAGAUAUUAUCCUCUGAGGAUGCACUGUUGCAGAGCCCUCACCCUGCUGUCAAGCAGCACCAACACGUUUGUACCUGUGCUGCCUUUCCUCUUGGAGAUCUUCCAACAGGUGGACUUCAACAAGAAGCCAGGGCGAAUGAGCAAGAAACCCAUCAACUUUGCAGUCAUCCUGAAGCUUAACAAAGUCAACCUGAUGGAGAAAGCCUACAAGGACGGGCUGAUUGACCAGCUGUAUGACCUGAUACUGGAAUACUUCCACACUCAAGCCAGCACCAUUGGAUUCCCAGAGCUCGCCCUGCCCACUGUCAUUCAGCUGAAAGCGUUCCUGAAGGAAUGCAAAGUGGCCAAUUACUGCAAGCCGGUGCGCCAGCUGCUGGAGAAGGUACAGGAGAACAGCAGCCACAUCACAGGACGGAGACAGAAGGCCGCCUUCGGAGUGGCCGAUGCCACCGCUGUGGCGGCCUGGGAGAAGCAGAUCCAGGAGGAGGGGACUCCUCUCAGCAGGUAUUACAGCCAGUGGAAGAAGCUGAGGGAGAAGGAGAUCCAGCUGGAGAUCUCUGGCAAAGAAAGGAUGGAGGAUCUGGACCUCCCUGAGAUCAAACGUAAGAAGAUUCAGGAGAAGAAAGUAGAGGACAAGAAGGAGUUCAAGGAUCUGUUUCAGUCUGACAGCGAAUCAGAUGACGAGGAUGGAGGGUUCAAAAUCAAACGUAAAAAGGGCAGACGUGGGUCAGAUGAUGAUGAUGAUGAUGAUGAUGAUGAUGAUGAUGAUCUUGAGGACCUGUCUGACAUGAGCGAUGACGAGGGGAUGGAGGGGGGAGACUCAGAUGAUGACGAGGAUGGUGAUGAGGAUGAUGAAGGGGAUGAAAAGGCAUCCAAGGCUCCUCAGCCGCUGUCCUCCUCUGCUCUGAUAAAGCUGGCAGAGGGAGAUGAGGAUGUGGUGGAGGACCUGGAGCUGUCUGAUGAUGACUGAGGUUCAUGGAUGCACAAAAAUUGAGUUCACCUGAGAGACUUUUUUUUUUUUUCUCCACCUCAACAUCCGUCUAUACUUAGAGUAUUUUUGGACUUUUUGCAAUAUUCUUUGCUUUUGAAUUUUGUAUUGCUUCACCUGUACAGUCCAAAUGUGUUCAUGAUAUAAUUUUAUUAAGCAUUGAAAUUGUUAAAAAAAAAAAAAAACCUCCAGACUCCU